UGUUGUGGUCAACAAAGUAUAAAUGAUCCUUUUUAGCGCUGGCCACAACGUCGUGCACGACAUCUCUAAUGAUGCCUCAGCAAUCUCGCUCAGCAAUAAUGUCCUCGAAUUCACACAUCGAUACGGCAUACUCUCUUUCUCUGCUUUCGGAGUAUAACCACACUCUCGAUUCUCUACCACUUGACCUCUCACGCAAUUUUGCGGACCUUCGGGAACUCGAUGCGGUUCUGUCCACUGCCAUGGCGUCUAUAACGGCGAAAAUACACACUCUUACGCAGAUGAUAGAAGAGGGCAAAGGACCCAAAGAAGAGCGCCUUUGGCUGUUGUCCGAGAUCGCAGAGGAGGCGAGAACCCUCAAACCGGGGGGUGAGGAUAAGAUUCGUGUCGCUUGCCUGGCUGCAGAUAAUCUCAAGUCUCAUGUGAGCCAUCUCCGUACUCUGGCAGAGCACAUCCCCGGCUUCGAUGCUUCCAUUCUUAAUCGACAAACCACGUACCCACAUGUGGCGAGCAAGACCUUUAUGCCGGUUACGAUGAUGGAGGGUGGAAGAAGACGGCGAGGCAAUUACGGCUCUCUUUUGACGAGCGCAACGGACCCCAGUCCUGUCAAACGAAAACGAGCCCGGGGGGAUGAUGAUGGGACUCCGAGAAAAGAGCGAGUGGUAGACGGACCAAGCAGGCCGCGCAAUGGUGGGCGAGGACGCAGAAAUGAACGUGCCGGCUCUCCAGCUGACUCAGUCCUUUCUGUCACUUCACAUAUGCCGCCCCAACCGCCCCAGGCGUCUUCGCGUGGAGGUUCGACACAUGGACGAACGAACGGUACAGGCCAUACUCACGGUGGCAACAGGAGGUCGCGUACUGCGGCAAACAGUAACAGUCGCCGUACUGGCUCGCCUCAGAACGAGCAUUACCCUAAUGGCACCUAUGAUCACGGUUUACCCAACCACGGAUCGCGUCGAGAAGCAUUCAACGUCCCGCCCUCAGCAUCACAUCCAUCCCUUCCCCUUCCGUAUCAUUCCAAUGGCAAUACCCAUCCCUUCGAGCUUCAUAUCCCGAACGGUGCCCUCGGAGGUGUGGUCACGGGCCCAGGCGGCGAAUGGCCUAUGCCCAGACAGCUAGAGGGUCCCGGAGUGCCCAUAGCAAGGAAUCCCGCGGCUUACUCCGACGCCGGUAUGCCGAUGAAUGUUGGCUCCGGUGCAGAGGACGAGGGUACUGUCGAACAGGACGGCGAAGCGGAUGGAGACAAUCGCAGGUAUUGUUUCUGUGACGGGUACAGCUAUGGCGACAUGAUAGCAUGCGAUGACUCGAAUUGUGAAAGGGAAUGGGUAAAUGUUUGUUAUCCCUAA